AUGAGUAAAUGGUUUAGACUCCCAAAUCACAUAUCCAUAACAACAACCUCCAUCAAUACCAGCAACAUAACACUACAGACAACACCCUCCAUCAAUACUUGCAACAUAACACUACAGACAACAUCCUCCAUCAAUACUAGCAACAUAACACUACAGACAACACCCUCCAUCAAUACCAGCAACAAAAUAAUUCAGACAACAACCUCCAUCAAUACUUGCAACAUAACACUACAGAGAACACCCUCCAGCAAUACCAGCAACAUAAUGCUACAGACAACGCCGUCCAUCAAUACCAGCAACAUAACACUACAGCCAACACCCUCCAUCAAUACCAGCAACAUAACACUACAGACAACACCCUCCAUCAAUACCAGAACAGCAGCAACCAUCCAUCAAACCAGUAGCUUAAUCCCACCACAGAGCACAGUUAAUCCACAGGUCACUUCAUCCAUCAAACCAGUAGUCACACCACAGGUCAUAUCAUCCAUCAAACCAGUAGUCACACCACAAAUCACAGCAACCCUCAAACCAGUAAUCACACCACAAAUCACAGCAACCCUCAAACCAGUAGUUACACCACAAAUCACAGCAACCCUCAAACCAGUAAUCACACCACAAAUCACAGCAACCCUCAAACCAGUAGUUACACCACAAAUCACAGCAACCCUCAAACCAGUAAUCACACCACAAAUCACAGCAACCCUCAAACCAGUAAUCACACCACAAAUCACAUCAACCAUCAAACCAGUAAUCACAUCACAAAUCACAUCAACCAUCAAACCAGUAGUCACACCACAAAUGACACCAACCCUCAAACCAGUAAUCACACCACAAUUCACAGCAACCCUCAAACCAGUAAUCAUAUCACAAAUCACAUCAACCAUCAAACCAGUAAUCACACCACAAAUCACAGCAACCCUCAAACCAGUAAUCACACCACAAAUUACAGCAUCCAUCAAACCAGUAGUCACACCACAAAUCACACCAACCAUCAAACCAGUAGUCACAUCACAAAUCACAGCAACCCUCAAACCAGUAGUUACACCACAAAUCACAGCAACCCUCAAACCAGUAAUCACACCACAAAUGACAGCAACCAUCAAACCAGUAGUCACACCACAGGUCACAUCAACCCUCAAACCAGUAGUCACACCACAAAUCACAGCAACCCUCAAACCAGUAGUCACAUCACAAAUCACAGCAACCCUCAAACCAGUAGUCACACCACAAAUGACAGCAUCCAUCAAACCAGUAGUCACAUCGCAAAUCACAUCAACCCUCAAACCAGUAGUCACACCACAAAUGACUGCAACCAUCAAACCAGUAGUCACACCACAAAUGACAGCAACCAUCAAACCAGUAGUCACACCGCAAAUCACAUCAACCCUCAAACCAGUAGUCACACCACAAAUGACAGCAACCCUCAAACCAGUAAUCACACCACAAAUCACAGCAACCCUCAAACCAGUAGUCACACCACAAAUCACAGCAUCCCUCAAACCAGUAGUCACACCACAGAUCACAGCGUCCAUCAAUAUCGACAUGUUCACACCAAAGGCAUAA